UCUGUAUCUCCUCGAAGUGUAGUGAAACCGGCUCUCUCCUGCCCGUGGACUAGGUAACACAAAUUGUAUUAGCGAACCACGCAAAUCCAUGUGUCGUUUUCUUCCUUGUUUUCAUAUUCUUGAUUUGUCGAAUCCUCCAAUUUCCCGAUCCGCUGAGAAACUGUCGCGAGAUCGUAUCUUCAUCACGAACCGAAAUACUACCAUGACAAAUAUACUUAAGGACGAUGUCGCCACAAAUAGUUAAGGGGUGAAAUCCAAGUGUGAUGCGACCUCUUAUUGCACAAAAUUGAGUUUUGGAAGAGAUACUAGUUGAAUCAUGGUGGGGGAAGCCUACAAGAUGAUGUUAGUUCCUAUGUAGUACAAGUAAAAAUUUCACCCGUUUAGUGGAAAUUCAAUUUUAAGAUGUGCUCAAAAGGGAACGGAUAGAGCUUCCGACACUCCUUGAUUGACCCUCCGCAUGAUCGAGGAAAAGGAGUCUAACGUACGCGCGGUUCAUGUUGGUGUGAGAAAGAUGAGAGGAAAGUGGGCUAAUUAUCAUAAAUUGUGACCGUUUUGUACAAAAUGAAUAGGUUUGUGACCAUUUAUGAUAGUUACCCGAGGAAAGAGAGAGUUCUUUUCCAUUGGUCAAAAUCUUUUUACGUUGUUUGGGCUACGCCUAGGCUUACAUUCAUUAACACAACAAGAUCGUGGAAUUCUAGCCGAUCGUAUUGGUUUUCGGAUGGGCGGCUGCAGAUUAUGGGUCCGGGCCUGUGGGCCCAAUUCCUUUACCGCCACUACUUUUCGUUUCCCUUCCUUUUGUUUUUGACCCAUCCUUCUACCUUCCACAGAUCCACACACUCUCUCCCUCUCUCUGUGUCUGUUUAUUUUCCUCUCCACCUAACUUGUGUUUAUUACUUGGGGACGGGUUUCCUCUUUCCUAGUCUGCACUUCUUUGUUCUGAUUCGGAAAGCCGAGAGAGAGCGGGCAAGCAGAGGCAGCCAACCCUCUUAUCUUUUUGUGUUUUUUACCCUGUGCUGCUGGCGUCGUCAAAAAAAGCUCCCAUCUUUCAAAAACCCAACAAUUUCGUCUCCUCCUCCUCUCUAUUUCAACACAGUACUAAUACUACUGCUGCUGCUACUACUUUUUCUCCCCCGACCUUUCAGACCAUCCAUUCCCUCUCUCUCUCUCUCUCUCUCUCUCUCUCUCUCUCUCUCUCCCACAAACCUCUCAUUCUUCUCUGAUAUUCAUUCAUUCAUUGAGCAGCAGCUUUGAUCUGGAAAGGAGGAAGACAGUAGCGCCAGAAGAUGAAGGUUCGUUUUCCUCUUAAACACAUCACUUAUUCUGAUCCUGCAGAUUCUCCUUUCCUUUUACUGGGUUUUUGGGUUAUUGGGUAUAAUUCACAACUCACUUCCCUUUACACAAAUUGACCACCCUUUUAACCAAAUCAAGGAAAAGGGUUUUAUUUAUGAUUCCCUUUCCGUGUAAAGAAUUCAUCUUUUUUUUUUUCCAGAGAUCAAAAUACCAACACUCUCCAGAAAGUCCUGUGUUUGUUUUCGCGAAAUUCGAUUUGGUCCGAUGAUAAUAUCACGAAUUUGAAAUAUGAGGAUCUCGCGCGUUUGAAUCUUUUCAGAAGCCAGCUAAUUAUAAAAAACCAACUUAUAUUUUACGUUUAAUCUGAGGAUGAUACUAUUAAUUAUGAUUGUUGUGUGAAACUGCAGAAGGUGGUGCUGAAAUUGGAUUUGAACGAUGACAAGGCCAAGCAGAAGGCACUCAAGACGGUGUCGACUCUGUCUGGUACGCAGUCAUAAUCUCACACUAAACUUGAACCAACCCAUCUUAAUUAUAUAUUUCGUUGAAAUUCUAAGCUCUAUAUGAAUUGUUAAUUACUUGGUCCGUAAUUAAUUAUUUGGGGUUGGAAUUUUCUCGUAGAUGGGAUUGGUUGGUAAAGUGAUACUUCUUGAUCAGUUCUCUCAUUCCCCCGCCCCAAUAGCUUUCUGUUUGGAUUUUACCAGAAAUCCAAUAAAUGCCAACACCGCCCACUAUCACUCAGUCAUACACCCAUCUUGCUUUUUUUUUUCUUCAACUGGGUAAUUAAUAUUUUUUAUGAACUAAUACUGAUUUUGUGUAGUGAUUAUGACUCUGAAAUGUGAUCAACAUUAAAUAUAAUAUUACACUAAAUUUGAUACAAUAAUAAUGCUAACAUACUUUCCAGUAGAUGAAAGUUGGAGGUUUGGCAUGCUAAUGUGUAGUCCACAUUCAGGAUCAUGUGUACACAUGUUUCUUAAUUAUUAUUAUUAUUUAAUAUAUAUUUAUUAAAUAUGUAUAUGCUGACAAAAAAAAAUAAAAAAUAAAAAAGGUAAUAAGCAGGUGAUAUAUUGCAUCAUCCGUCAUCUAAUUUCGUUCUAUGUACACGUCUCUUACCCUAUUAAUAAAAUGGUGGAUGUUCAAACAUUUCUCUCAAUUUUUUUUUAGUUCAUAUAUUUCGUAUUAUGCUAGCAAACUCCCAAAUUGCCCCAUGUCAGCAAAAAAAACCAAAUAAUUGUUUGAGCAUUUAUGCAACCCACCCCUUUCUUUUAUGAUUUUUCUCAGCGAACUAUUUUGGCAUGACAAUCAAAGCACUUUACAAUCAUAUGUCGUCGUUUUGUUUCAGAUCCGUUGCCAAUUACACAACCGUCACUGUUGCGUAGAUGUAAUGAAAACUUCUCAGUCUUCUCGCUUUCAUGGAUUAGAUAUGAAAUAAUUUGAUGGUAAAUGGAGUUGAUAACAAUUUCUCUGACAUGAUUCACGAUGAUUUGAUCUGUCUCGUUCUUUUUGAAAGUGAGUAUUAUCCGACUCGUAGUAGUGAUAGAGGUAUUAAUUCUGACAUAUCAUAUUCCCUUCUCGACUGGUUCUUCUAUCAAGAUUUGUAUCAACAUGUAUAUGUAUUAUUAAAAAAAAAUUUACCUUUCUAAAAUCAAGUUUUCAUCCGACAGAAAUUUUAAGAUUAUAUUUUCGAACUAUUUAGACCCGAUUUCUCAUUCAUUUAUUAAGUAUUUUCAGUAUGUGUUCUUGUAAAAUAGUUAAAUAUCAACACUUUUUUUUGUUUGUUUGAAGAAAUAACAUAUGGGUUGGCUACUCUCACAAAAAUCAACCCACCUGGCUCGCGUUUAGCCACGGUUGUGAAACUGUACUGGAAUUUAUACCGAAAAAGUUUGCGUGAUAGGAUAUUUUGUACUAAAAAUCAUGAUUAAACCGUGGAUAAGCUAUUUUGUAACGCUAAAACCGCCUAGCGUUUAGGGCUUAAUCUAUGAUAUUCCCGAUCAGACCGACUGAUACGAUAUGAUUUCCUAAACCCAUAAAGUUUAAUAAGAAACUGAUAUGAAUAUUGAGAUACCUACCGAUGAUUUCCUAAACCAUAACGUUUAAUAAGAAACUGAUAUGAAUAUUGAGAUACCUAACCCGUUAUAUCGAGCUGUCCAGCCAAGUGGGAAUCAGGUGGGCACGUGAAUGUUUAGUGCCACUUCUCUUGUCUAGUAAAAACAACUUGAUGAGAGCAGUCCAGUGUCCAGUCCAGUAUUGUAUACUGAAAAAAUAUCUGACAACAUGUUUUCCCGCUCUCUGUACGCUAAUAUCAUAAUUAUUACUGAUAUGUCAGCUGUCACAUGCACAUGCAGGAAUCGAUUCAAUCGCCAUGGACAUGAAGGAGAGGAAAAUGACGGUAAUAGGGUCGGUGGAUCCAGUGAACGUGGUGAGCAAGCUGCGGAAGUACUGGCCCACGACGGACAUCAUCCUAGUUGGGCCGGCCAAGGAGCCCGAGAAGAAAGAGGAGCCCAAGAAGGAGGAAGGCAAGAAAGAGGACGACGGCGGCAAGAAGCCCGAAGAAGAGCCCAAGAAGGAAGAAGGCGGAGAGAAGAAAGAAGGGGACAAGAAAGGGGAGGAGAAGAAGGAGGAAGGCGACGGAGGGGAGAAGAAGGAUGGGGACAAGAAGGAUGGGGAGGAGAAGAAGAAGGAUCAACCGGCGGCGGCCGGAGCGGCGGCGACAAUGCCUCCGCCGGACCCGGUGCUGGAGCUUGUGAGGGCUUACAGGGCGUAUAAUCCUCACAUGACGACUCAUUACUACGUUCAGAGCAUGGAGGAGAACCCAAAUGCGUGCGUCAUUUGUUGAAGGAAACGAAUGAUGGUGGUUUUUUUUUUGUUGCUGUUGUUGUUGUUAUCAUCUCGGUAAUCUUCCAUUGUUGUGAUGUUUGCUUAGGAGACAAAAGCUCCUAGCAAGAGAAUCCAGGAAGCAAGAAAAACACAGAAAAAAAGGAACAACAUAAUAUUGCCCUUGUAUAUAGAACGUUGUAUGAAUAUUGAAUAUCAUCAUAUUGUGUUAUAAUAAAUAUUAUCAUUGUAGUUUCCUCCAAUAAUGACAUCAUAAACAAAGGCGCUAGCGUAUGCUUAUUUUACCGUACAUCCAUUGUUUUAUUAUUAUUAUUAUUUAGACUAUAAAUUAACCAGAAUUUGAGACAUGAUAUUAAACCUAAACUUUAAUGGAUGAACCUGAAUUUCCAAUUCUAUAACUCGAAUCGAAAGAUAGGUGUGAAUUGAUAAUUAUAUAUUUGUAUACGCUAGCCUUUUGUUUGUGGUCAUCACAAUUACAAUUAUGUGCCACAUGUAUGCGUGGCGUGUGUCGUUAAUUAAGUUGUUUUUUUUAAUAUAAUUAAAUGAUGUAAGCAUGUUUCGAAUUAGAUCACGGCAGCAUGGGAAAUGGAUUGCUACAAUACAAUUACACAUUGCAUGCCGCAGGCUGCUUUCUCCUUAUCCCAAACUCUAGUGGGCGAUGGAUCGAUGUCCGUAUACGUAAGCAAAAAAAAAAAAAACAAAUAGCGUGGGCCGCCGAGUAUUAUAUGUUUUAUAUGUACUAAUGUGGAACCAACAUAACUUUUUUCUAAUAGUUCGAGUUAUUGGGACCAACUGGUUUGUGACAUAGUUUUAGAGCUGGUUUGUCCUUGAGAUCACGUGUUAAAAUCCUUACGAUCCCCAAUAUUAAUCGUUGUCUUUCAAGCACAUAAUAAGACGGACCUGCGCAAACUUCAAACUCAUGAGUUUACUUUCAUAGUAAUAAACAUGAAGCAUUAUGGUUCACAUGAUAUGAGAAGGCAUAUGUCAUGAGGGUCCCCGCCUUUAUCAUCGUUGAUGACAUUGCAUUACCCGUCCGCCUCCCCACUAAGCCCACUAUUGUGCGGUGGCUCGGCAGCAGCUAGUCCAUGGAGCUUUCUGUUCGGAUGGCGUUUCAUUAAAAGAUUCAUUGUCAUUUGUCAUCACUUUGCAUUAUCAUGCCUCUUUUCUCUCUUUUUUUCCUCAUCUCAUCAACUCGGCACUCCAAUCGGCUUCUCUUUCGUCCCAAUCUACUGAUUCCGACCCAUUUCUAAAAAUGGGACGAAUAUAUAAACAUAUGGGGCUGCAAAUGAAUCAAGGUUUGGCACUGUUUCGAGAAAAACUUGUUCGAUAUUCGAUUUGUUUACUAAUAAGCCGGGAUUGAACUAAGAGUAUUUGUGAUUCGAGCCGUUAUAUACAUGUUUUUAUUCCUCUGACUUUGUCGUUUGACUUGUAUAGCACCGUCCUUGAAGCCAUUUUACGCUAGGUUUUGGAAUGUUUUAAGUAUGAAUGUAUCCGGCUUUAGCAGGUGAAAUGGGCGAAAGGAUCGAAAGUAAGAUGAAAGAGAUCGUAAGCGUGACAAAGUGCUGGAAAUUGCAUUGUUCAAGGUUCAGAGGAGAUUGACACUGGCAGGAGACCGUGAAGAUUACAACAAAGUGAGCAAAAUUCGAGGAGCAUGCAUUUGGACGUCUCGCGUGUAGUGCUUGGAUAACGGGCUCGUGGCGGUGAAGUAUACAAUAAAACCAUGAAGUGUGU